GAAAUUUUUUGUUUACCUUUUUUCUGUCGGGCUAGUAGCUUUUUGUAUUGAGGAAAUUUAAAAUCUUUUGUUCGACUGUUGUUUCCAUAAAUCAAUGGCACCAAAAGCCCGUUUCGUUGAUGGGGAGAAAGUAUUAUGUUUUCAUGGACCUUUGUUAUAUGAAGCUAAAUGCUUAAAAUCCAUGUUAAAAGACAAGCAUGUUAAAUAUUUUAUACAUUAUAGUGGAUGGAACAAAAAUUGGGAUGAAUGGGUUCCAGAGUGCCGAGUCCUGAAGUGUAACGAGGCCAAUCUCCUGAAACAGAAAGAACUGGCCAAGACACACAUGAAAGGGAAAAAGUCCAAAGGCUGCAAAUUGGCCUUCCGUAAAGAGCUAGAGAAGGAGCUCCCUCGGCCUGUCAUGCCCGAGAAGACUGGCAACAAGCCAAAGAUCGAAAAGAAAAGUCUGACUCCUACCCCGACUGCCACUUCCUCAGAUCAUAGCACAGAGAAUGAGCCAGAACCUCCUGUUAAGAAGAAGCGGUCACGGCCUGAGCCUUGUUUCUUGGAAGAUCUGGACUCGAACACUGAAGUAAGCAUCACAAUGCCUCCUGAGUUGAGGAAUCGUCUGGUGGAUGACUGUGAUCUGGUGACAAGACAAAAGAAGUUGAUUCUGUUGCCUGCCAGAAUCACAGUAGAUCAUGUCAUUGCCAGCUAUGUGAAAGAUAGAGUGUCUGGAAAAGGAGUCUCCCAGGCUAAGGAACUGAUCAUCGUUCAGAUGGCCAACAAAGUUAGAGACUGCUUCAAUGUCUUCCUGGGAAAGAUGCUGCUCUACAAGUUUGAACGACCGCAAUAUGCAGAAAUGCUUGCAGAAUACCACAACAGCAGCAUGUGUCAGGUGUACAGUGCUAUCCAUUUCCUGAGAAUGUUCACUCAAUUUGGAAAUCUGCUAUCCCCACACGUCAAGGGAGAUCCGGAAAUCCCAGAACUCAUUGAACACUUACAAGACUUUGUGAAAUACAUGGAUUCAAAUCAGAACUUCUUCAGUUUGGAUGAUUAUGUGGUUGCUUCACCAGAGUAUCACAGAAGAGCUCUUUAGAAGUUAGAAGUUCAUGACGUUUUGCUCUUACACCAAUCUAUCUUCGACAUCACUUCAUUCAUAUUCCCUCUCUCCAAAGAAAAAAUAACUGAUGCAAUAUUUCCAGGAGAAAGAUCAAUAAUUCACUAAAACUAUCUGGAUGUUGAUGCUGUAAAUACUCAUUUCAAAAUUCUGUAAUCAUCCAUUCAUUCAUUAUCUUAUUCUGUUUACCUGAAUGUUGUAUUACAUUAUUAUUUAUUGUAUAUAAAUGAUUAUGUUGCUUUUAUUAAAUUUUUAAAACUA